AUGAGCGGUCGUGAUAACAAAAGAGAUGAGCUAGAUGGUCCGCCGCUUCCAGCUUGCGAAGACAACGAAUGGGAAUUUGCAGAACCAGCGAAGGAUGUUGAACACAUUACUGAAGUGGAUCAGGAAGUAAGGGCCUUUGAGAAAUGGCUUAAGUAUGAAAAUAGCUAGAGCACUUGAAUUUAAUUAUUAAACCUAUUUUUGUUUUUAGAAGAAAGUAAACGUAUUUUUUGCUGCGAAACUUCGAACUGAAAGUGAAAAACAAAAGCUUAUCAAGGAACGGUCCAAAUCCAAGUCUAAAUCAACUUCUAAAUCGACUUCGGUAAGUUCAACUUUAUCUUGGGCGCUCUAUUUUCAAAAGUUAUUUUUGGUUUUGCAUUUUUAAUUUUUUUGGUUGCACGGUGCAGAGAGAGUUUAAUUUGAUUGCACCGUGCAACACUCUUCCACCUUUGAAAAUACUGUAGCGUAAAAAGAUCUGGCAGGUGUGAGUACAUCUCUGCUUGAAAGUGGAAAGUUAAAAAAACGUUUUAUACUAUAAUUUGCUGUUUUAGGGUAUGGAGCAAGCCUCUAAAGCUAAAAAGAAAAGUGAAAGGGCAACGAUGAUCAAUGUGCCAAAAGAUGUUAAAAAAGAAGAGAUAUUAAAGAAAAAUGAUGUUCAAGUGCCUGAAGUUGUCGUAAGUUUUUUAGGAUUGAAAUAUAAGAUUGUUUGUCGUCUAAAUCAAUAUUAAGUCUAAUGAUUUGGGUUUACAAGGAAAGUGCCCGACCUGCCCCGCUCUGAUUGACUUCAAAUUUUUUAAAUAGGUAGAUCAUGUAAAUAUAAGGUCUUCAGCAAAGUACUAAAUCGCGCUUUCCAGGAAAUGACGAGAAAAUCGAGAUUAAAAAAUGA